CAGGAUUGCUCAGCUUUUUUUGUUUUGUCGUCCCACUAUGCCUUCAUGAAGCUUUCAGCAGGUUAGCGUGCGGCCUACUUGUCUUCAAUAGAUGAUAACAUCUUCUGAUGCCCUCUGAAACUAGCGCUAAGUGAUUCCGUUUGCCGAGGCAUUGUUUGUUGAAUCAAUCUAAUUGUAAAAUUCAAUCACCGAUGCCAGCCCGUUUUUCUCCUUGAUCGCAUGAAUUGUUGUCAACGUUUGCACGGAUGGUCAAAUGUAAGUCCAUGGUGUUUCCAGCACGGCCGCAACACACAGCCAGCGUCGCUUCUAGGACGCCGGGCAAAAGCAGAGGCGUUUUUCUAGAUCGCAUUGCGCACGGUACAUAGGAAGUGGCUUGCAAGUGGCUUCUGUGGAUGAUAGCCCCUUUCGUGACGAAAAAAAGAUGAGCGCUCCCAGCAAUCGCAAACGCGCUCUAGUGGACGAUAUUGUGGACGUGUCGAGCGAGGAGGAAGGACCAAAACCAUUAGGUGCGCCAGCCUCCUGGCGCGCUCCGCCUCUCCGUCCCGUCGUUAGCAGGAGCGUUGAGGAGCUACUGCGGCAGCACACUGCGAAUAACAACAUUGCGAAUGUCAACAACUCUGCGGAUCUUCACAUUGAUCAUGGACAACGCCAAGCGUCGCCAGGUGUGUCGGCGCCCGGUCCCGCACUGCAUCGCGCACAUAAUGCGCCGGUCGCUGCGACAAGGCCACCGCAAAACCUCUUGGGUGCGGCUGGAGGAGCAAUUGCUUCGAACUCAAGUGGGCAUCAUGCUGGUCCAAGCAUUUACGCCGAACAGCAGCCGCCAGCUGCUAUUGCUCUAGUGGGAAGGGGAACGCAAAUAGAACAUUCUAUUGCGCCUCCUGCAAGACCAGUAUCUGUGCCGACCACUAGAAGUACCAGAAACCCUCACGAUGUAGGAUCUGGUAGUUAUUCUUUCCGAUUAUCCGACUUUCCUGACAUACCUCCGUCGUCGAGUUCCAGUGCCCAACAACGUCCACUGGCUGGAGCUUCGCAAUCUGUUGCUCUAUCCGUUGCUCCCUCACUUGCAGGGACUAGUAUUUUGUCGAGCGGUUUCGGUUCUUUCGGUUUUGGCAAUAUGCAAACUGGCUUUGGAGGAACUGCUCUUGGUGGAGGAGCAGUGGUUGGCGGAAACAGAAAUACUUUUUCAGGACUACCAGGAAAUACCUCAACUCCUACUGGUUUUGGCUUUGCUGGUGGUUCCUCUACUGUGCCGGCUUCUGUAGUUUCGACGAACGAUUUUGGAGGGGGAUUUGGAUUUGGAUCGGCAAGCUUUUCGGCUCACAUAGUACAAGGCGCAGGGUCAGCACCUUCGCGAGCUCAACAAGGCUUCGGAGGUCCCGCUCAACCUGAAAGUGUCGCAUCGCAUCAUCCGAAAAAACGGCGGUCGAGUGGUAAGAGAUUCUUUCCCGGUGGAGCGGGGAGCGCCUCAGCUGGGAGUGUUGCAGAACUACAGGCACAACUGAACGCAACUUCUAGUGUGCAGUUGAGUGGAGCGCAAGGGCAUCUUCAAGAGAAUCAGCAACUAGUUCAGCACGACCAACAUAGUAGCGCACAGGAGCGACAAGGCUUGAAAAUAGUAUCGUCGCCCCAGACGAACUCGAACGCAAUCGCGCAACUACCUCCAAUUGUGACAGACGAGCAAGAGGCUCCCGCAGCGACCGGCGAACAGCAACUGGGCUUCACGACCUUGAGUGGGACUGUCAUCGGAGGGGGAUACGCGAACUCCAACGCCUGGAUUUCCGGUGGCGAGUAUAUGCGAACGAAAAGCGCACGUAUGAAGGAACAGUACCUGAAAUUUACCUCAGAUCGGAUGGGUCUCAUUCCAAAUGCGGAUGAAGAAGCCAUUCUUGGACGAGAGCGGCGGGAACGAACGCAUGGAGGCGACGUAGUUGGUCGUGCAGGAAUUAAUCAGAUUGUUCCCGCAGUGGAGAAUAACAAAGUGGUAACCUCCUAUCAAGAAGGGACCGAACAGCAAGAUGAAAAGAAGGAGGACUUGGUUUUCAAUGCUGCUGGAAAACAAGCGGAAGCCGGCGAGCACUCAUACACAUCAACAAUAUUCGAUAGUCGUGGCAUCUACAUGAAAGUUCGAACAGAGCGCAUGAAAGAGCAACAGAGAGCUGCUGCUGCGGCGAGUGCAGGUCCAAUGCCUGUAGAUAGAUUCCUUUUAUACCCUAGACAUCCAAGAACGUCACUUCUAACAUGCUUCUAUUGCCUCGUUGUCUACUUUCGAUGGGCAUGCUAAGUUCCUUCGUUGGUGAAGUAAUGUUGGAUUGCAUAUUCACAAUAUUUCUUUUACAGGAGUGAUCGGUGCCGCGGCUCAGCAAGGGAUGCCUUCUGACAUGGCAGCUCCAGGGCCGAACAAGCCUCUGACGCUUGUUGACUCUAACGCCGCACAGAAAGGGGCUUGCUUGGAAGACAUCGUUCGCAAAUUGGCGACCUUCGAGUUGCGAAGACCACAGCGGUCAGGAGGCGCACAGCUUUUUUCGGGUUUGACAUUUUGGAUGACCGGUAGAACCUCGCGUCUGACAGACAUGCAGAUCCGCAAAAUGAUUUUGCAGCAUGGUGGUGUUUUCGAACCUUACGGAAUGACGCGCGUCACGCACAUCAUCGCUGAAAAUCUAGCCAUGGGGAACCAGGUUUGGCGCGAAUAUAAGGAGAAACGUGAGAAGAAGCGCUACAAAGUAGUCCUACCGACAUGGCUCGAGGACUGCAUCGCGCAAAAACGACUAUUGCCUGAGAGCGAGUAUUUGCCGGAAGUCCUGCGUGGCGGUGCGCGCAUUGCGUCAGCGGCAGACCGUCUAGCGGAAUUAGAAAAACGAAGAAACGAGAUGAAAGCCGCGAAAAAAGCAAAAGCAGGUCAACAUGCGAAUGAACAAAAACAGCGGCAAGAUGGUGCUCAACUCGCUGGGGAGAAAAAAUCUCCAUUGUCUUCGGAGAAAAAAGUGCUAGAUCGUAACUAUAAGCAACCUAAGGUAAAGGAACGAGGCAAAAAUAAGUCAACUACACAGAGUUCGCAGGAAGUAUCUGCUAGCCAACGAAGAGCGAAACGCCGUGCUGAAAAGAUGGCUGCAAAGAAGAAAGCUACCCGUCUUGGCGGAGAGGCAGUUGAUGAUGAUGAUGAUGAUGACCCAUUGGCUGGUUUGACGCAGGAGAAUAUCUUUUGGCUAGAACAGCUCGAACAGCGCACAACGUGGGUGACGAUUGAGGAUCUGCCUAAGUCUGAAACGGAACGCUACGAACUAUUGCGCCCCUACGAAUCCAAAUGGCACUGUCUCCAGACCGCACAGUUGGUCCUCGCUGACUCGGGGAAACUGCUAACCAUUCCAGGCAAUGUGGGCGCCGCGGGCAAUCUGCGUGACUUUUUGCGUCCCGGAAGCAGGAACGGAAGUGUUGGGGACUGCUCGGACAUCGCAAAGUUGCAACUGGCUUUCGUCAGCGAGGACAUAGAGAACAAUGCUUCUGAAAAAAAUGACAUAGUGGAGAUGAAUCAAGCUAAGCUUAGCAAUGCCAGUUGUCCUAUCUACGCUGAGGAAAAUGAGGUAGAGACGAUGAACAGUGAACUACUUAGGAGAUCUAGCAUUUCCAACCCGAAAAAAGGCAUGUCUGCCCUGGCCUUGAUGCAGGCAGCGGCAGCUCGUAUUCCCUUGGGUAAAAAAGUGGACAGCUUAGGUCGUCCGCUCACGUCUUCUGGAGCAGCUGCUGGGCAGCUGGGAAGUUCCCCUGAUGAUGAUGCUAACCAAACAUCAAGAAUGGGUGCAGCUACUAGAAGAAGGAGUGCUGUGGAUGACGUUUUUGCUCUUGCGCAACGCGAAAUCUUGAAAGCGCGCGAUGCUGAGGGAACCAGACGAAGUGCAGCAGCCGCCGCAGACUGGAAAAUCUUGGAGAAAAUGGUAAAUAGGCAUAAAAGCGCGGUAGUUGGACAAGAAGGAAUACCUAGUACGGCUAGCGAUGUUGUGGGCGCACUGGUGCGGUCGAACGACACAAGUCUGAUCCGGGAAGCCGUGCAGGCAGUUGUUGCAGUGGAGGUUGAUCAAGUUGCUCAUAAAACAAAGGAGCUUGUGGCAGGAAGAGACGAGAAAGAAAGAAAUUCAUUGCACAACAAGGUCACAAGAACAGGAGGAUGAAUGUUUGGCAUAACUAGACAUCAAUUAGAAAUUCUGAAUGUACCCAGCAGUGCAGCAU